AUGUUUGAUCAAAACAAUGAAAUUAUAUUAGCAUGUGUAACUAUAACUCAAAAAUUAUUAUUACAUAAUAUUAAUGAAAAUAUAGAAAAGCGAGAUGUUAAACAAAAACUUUUAGCAGAUCUUUUAUGUGAUCGAUAUUUAAUUGAUUUAUUACCUUUAAUUAAUCUAACAUAUUUUCAUGAAUCAUUAUUUCUUCGUGGUAAAGUUCUUGUACUUCGUCAACAAGAUAUAGCAGAUGAAUACCUUCGACAAUUAAUUGAAACACCAUUAGCUGAUUCAAUUCAAAUUCGUUGUCUUUUAUUAUUAUGUGAUUGA